AUGAAGCUCCCUCUUUCUGAAACAAGGCGCGGUAAGCAUGGGAGAAAGAAAUCUCAAGUAUGGGAUCACUUCGAUGAGGAAACAAUGGGUGAACCAGGAUAUGUCAGGGCUAUAUGUAAAACAUGCAAGAGAUCGUUUGCUUAUAUGAAAGAUUAUAGACAAUCUGGCACCAGCCAUCUCAGAAGACACCUUCUUUUGGGAACAUGUCAGAGAAAUCUGCAAGCCAAUCAUCAUUCCAAUACUGGUGCUAAUCUACAUCUACAUCAGAAACAAGCUAGAGCGAAACCUUACUCUAAUUCUAUCUCGUUUGAUCAGGUGCAUUGCAACGAUAAGAUUGCCAAAAUGAUUAUUUUACAUGAUUAUCCACUUCAUAUUGUGGAACAUAAAGGUUUUAUUGAUUUUGCGCGAGCACUUCAACCGCGGUUCAAUCCACUGAGCUUAAAUACUGUCCAAGGGGAUUGUGUUGCCAUUUACUUCAGAGAGAAGCAAAAUCUUUUGAAUCUUAUUGAUGGGAUUCCUGGGCGAAUCAACCUCACUUUGGACUUGUGGACUUCGAAUCAGACUUUGGGUUAUGUUUUUCUUCGGGGUCACUUCAUCGAUGGUGAUUGGAACUUACAUCAUCCCAUUCUUAAUGUUUUUGCGGUGCCGUUUCCUGAUUUGGACGGUUCCUUUAAUCAAACAAUAGUGACCUGCCUAAGUGGUUGGAAUUUAAAGGGUCGCUUGUUUUCCGUUCUAUUUGAUAAACUAUUUUCCAACGAGACUUUGAUGGGAAGUAUGAGGGGUCUCCUCUCUCUUAAGAACCCUGUGAUCCUCAAUGGUCAAUUAUUAAGACAAAGUUGUUAUGCUCGCGUGCUUAGUUGCCUUGCAUUAGAUUCUCUGUGGGCAAUGCAAGAAACUAUUUCUAAAGUUCAAAAGAAGGUGCAAUAUGUGAAAUCUUCAAAAUCUCUUGAAGAGAGGUUUUGGAAGCUUAAGCAACAACUUCAAGUUCCUUGUAAGAUGAAUCUUUUAGUUGACGACAAAAAUAAAUGGGACACAGUCUAUCAUAUGCUUGUUGCUGCCUGUGGAUUGAAGGAAGUUUUUUCCUGUUUUGAUGUAUAUGAUCAUCCCGGGGACACAAUGCUCCUUACAAUGGAAGAUUGGAAGCAGGUUGAAAAUCUCUGUGCAUGUUUGAAGCUUUUGUAUGAUGCUGCUAAAACUCUAACCAUCCAAUCAUUCUCAACUGCAAAUUUAUUUUUCCCUGAAGUGUCCAAACUUAAGGUGCAGUUGACUGAGGCAAGCCAAGAUCCUCACUGUUGUUGUUUGAUUAUGUCUCUGCAAGAGAAGUUUGAUGUGUAUUGGAGAGAAAGCUGCUUCAUCUUAGCAAUUGCUGCAGCCAUGGAUCCACGGUAUAAAAUGAAACUCGUGGAAUCUACUUUUGCUAAAAUAUUUGGCGAGAAUGCUGAGCCAUGGAUACGUACUGUUGAGGAUAAUCUUCGGGAACUGUUCCUCGAAUAUAGUAUCAUACAAGUGCUUCCGUUUACCGAAACAAAUUUUGACAUUGGGAACAAGAAUAUGAUGAAAACGGAUGCAUACCAAGAAGUAUCACUGGAUGGAUUUCAAGGUGUAUCUAUUGAUGAUGCAUCUAUUUUCCCUGUUGAAGUCGGACUUGUUGAAGAUGAACUUUCAGAUAUUGAAUUCUAUAUAUCUGACUUCACUACUAAUCAGGAAUUUAAAUCAGAAUUGACCAAGUAUCUUGAAGAGCCUCUAGAGCCCAAUGUGCAAGAAUUUAAUGUUCUAAGCUGGUGGAGUAUUAACGAAUUCAAGUACCCGACAUUAUCCAGAAUGGCAUCUGAUAUUUUAUCUAUGCCAGUAUCCACUCUUUCUGCAGAUUCUAUUUUCGACACAGAAAUUCGAAAAAUGGAUAGCUACAGGAGUUCACUAGACUCUCUUACUCUUGAGGCCCUUAUUUGUACUAAGGAUUGGUUCCAUUGUGAAUCAAAACCCUUUGAUGUUUCACACACACUUGUGAAAAUGAAGUAUUAG